CCCAUAGCAAGCCGCAGACUCGGCGGCCCAAUUUAGCGUGCGAUUACGGCAACACAAAGCCGCAGCAACUGGCGGCUUCAGCUCUCGCUCAGUUUACCGAUUUGAAGGUACUGGCAACUCCGCGUCAAAUUCGGUGCGUGUUGCGGCGCGAGUUGCGGACUCGGCAAAUUCGAGCCAUUUGCGGGUUGCAACGCGGUACCGACGCGCCCGUAAAGCUAGGCAGGGCCACAAAAAGGCCUGUGACUGCCAGCAAGCCGCUCGCCGCAAUUAGCAAUUGCUGACGGGCGCAAGACGGGGCGAGACCAGAGGCGCUUUCAGUUCGCCUGGAUUUGCGCGCCCAGCUCCCCGACGGUGCCCGAGAGCCAUCUUGGGUCGCUCAGAGGCCCCUAGCCAAGCCCCCGCCAACACCAGGGGUGUUUUCAAGCAGCGCGGACGACCCCGCAAGAAAAGCGCAAGAGCCACCAGUUCAGACCAUGGCCGCCCGUCCGCAAGGCAUGAGGGAGCUCAAGGUGCGCCGGCCGCGUCCCGUGACCCCCCGGACCCCCGGCGGCCACUCCCGCCCGUGCCCCGUCCCUCCCGCUCGACCGUCGCCCAAAGCCGGAAUGUUGCCCCGGAGACCGCCCCGCACGGCCCGCGCCGCGCCCCUCGCUGGCCGGCGCCAGAGAUAUACGCGUCCGCGCGGGCCGACGCCGACGUUUUUGGCCGAAACCCCACGCACACGCAGGUCGAGGACGCGCUGCUCUACCUGGACCAGGUCAAGGCCGAAUUUGGGGACGAGCCCGAGAUCUACAACGAAUUCCUCGAGAUCAUGAAGUCCUUCAAGAGCCAGCAGAUCGACACGCCCGGCGUGAUCCGGCGCGUGAGUACUCUUUUUGAAGGCUACGGCAAGCUGAUUUACGGCUUCAACACCUUUUUACCGGAGGGCUACAAGAUCGAAGUCCCGGAACACCUGCGAGAGCAGCUCCGGGGCCAGGUCAACGCCGUACCUCGAGGGCAGCAGGCGGCCCCGGCGCCGCCGGCGCCGCGGCCGCGCGCGCCCGCGCGACGACCGGCUAGAGCGCCCGUCGAGGACCCGCCGCGACAACCGGUGGAGUUCGACAACGCCAUCGCCUACGUCACGGCCAUCAAGAAGCGCUUCGAGCACCAGCCGGAGACCUACAAGGCGUUCUUGGAAGUUUUACAUACGUAUCAGCGGGAGCAGAAGGGCAUCCAGGAGGUGUUGCGACGCGUCGCGGAGCUCUUCAAGGACCACGCCGAUUUGUUGCGAGAGUUCACGUACUUCCUGCCGGACGCCGCGAUCGAACCGGCGCAACGGUUAUUUCUACAACGAGCGGCAGCCGACGCGGAGCAGCGGAACCCCGGCGGCUAUCGGCGGGGUGGGCGCGGGACACGUUCGACAAGAGGCGGCCGCGGCGGCCGCGGCUCCAGAAGAACCGCCCAGGCCUCGCAAUCUAGUGAUUAUUCCCGACCCUAUGCCACAACUGCGGGAGCCUCGAGAGGAGAUAGAAAUCUAGACCGACGCAUCCUAGGGCAACCGCAAACAAGAAACCAAGGGCGCUACCGCAAUCCGGUAAGACCGGCGGGCCACAUGUCGUUGCCUGAGCUCCGAGAUGAGGCGAAGCACGCGCAAUUAUGCGCCCAAGAAGACCUGCUCGCGGCGAAGAAACGGCGCUUCGCCCACUUAGGCCUCACGAACUCCGCGUCCCAGCGCCAGGACGAGGCUGCCGUGUUGCGGAGAUUAAGAUAUGCAUUGAUAGGAGACGGCGCGUCGGACGGCACGCGGCAGAAGCAGCGCGGUUCGCACUUAGCGAAGACGCUGGGCACCCUGAAGGACGCCCUGGUGCCCUACGGUAGAAGUUCCUUCGGCGACCCGCGGUACAAAGUGAGAAGACCGCUCCCGGUCGACGCGACGUAUGCUUCGUUAACAGAAGAGGACCGAAAAGAAGUAGAUGCGUUACCCACGGCCGAGGAGGAGGGCUACUUCAAGACCGAAGAAGAGGAGCAGGACGACAUGGACAAGUUUUUGCGGAGGGGUAAAUAUAAACAUUUGCGGGAAGGGGACCCGCCAAAAACACUAGAAGAGCGGUUGGGCGGGACCGAGGACGUCGUGCAGCGGUGCAAGGACGCCGUGGCUGCGGCGGAGAAGGCGUUUCGCGAGAACCCGCCGACACCGGCUCCUCCUGUGGAGCCGGCGGAUCCCGCCGCCGACGCCGUCGCGGCCGCCGUCGCCGCCGACGCGAAAGCACAGCUAGAUCCGGACCUGGCCCCGGACAACAGUACCAUGGAGAAGAAGGACGCGCCGAUGCCUUCGUUAAAAUACCCCGAUCCCGUUAUGUUGUCUGAAGAGGAAAGCAAGCUCGUACCUCAUUUAGUAGCUGAUGUACCCACAACAACAAUGGAGCGCGAGCGGUUGUACGCCUGGCGCUGUGUCCUGCGAGGCUUGGAUGCGGUCAGCAAGGGUGCCCUUUCGUCCGAGGCCUUUGAACAACUCCUGUCGGAUGUCGUCGACCGCGUCGUGGACUGGGGCCGCGGUCAUUCUAGGGGUUCUCGCUUAGUAGGAGACGUGGCCAUGCUCUGUCGUCGGAGCGCGAGGAUCGGCCCGACAGGCGAGUGGGCGGAUGCCGCGUACGCCCUUGCCCGAAGGGCGGCCCACCCCGGUCGUCGCGUGGAGGUCGAUCCUGAUGAUGAUCCUCUCCAGUACGUGGGCGUCGCGAGGCGGCCGCGCUACGUCCUCGACGACUCCGACUCGAACGACGAGGAGGACAAGGAGGACGAACCCGAUGCCGUGAUGACGACGAGAGGUGUGGCCGCGCAAGCUGCAUUGACGGCGAAGCCCUCUACAAGGGCCGGCGGUCGGCGGACGCCGCCGCCCAACGACGAUGAUGAUGAUGAUCAAUCUUUGAACAGCGGCGAACGGGCGUUACGUAAGGCGGCGAAAGUUGCAAGUGGUAGGCAACAAACUUUAGGAGAUUGGACGUCGUUACCUUUGUCGGAGCUAGAUUUCGGCGACGACUCGCCCUUCGAGUUGCGACGGACGCCCUCCUACCGACGACUGCCGGAGAGUGUGCCAAGGCCCGUCUGUAGUCAUCGUAGUGAACUAGAUGCCUCCGUGCUCAACGACGACUGGGUCAGCGUCGCCGUCGGGAGCGAGGACGGCAAUUUUAGUCAAUUACAGUUACGAAGGAACGCCCACGAGGAGCAGCUCUUCAAGACCGAGGACGAGCACUUCGAGAUCGACAUGAUCGUCGGCGCCAACGCCGCGACGGCGACCGCUCUCGAAGCCAUCGCGUCGGAGCCAGAACCGGCCAGUGUCGACUGGAAGACGGGCGCCAUCGACAUCCCCGUGGAGGUGAUCCCGAUGGACGACGACGAGCGCGACAAGAAGCGAGGUAGACUGCGGCGUCCCGUCUUACGCCUCCAUCGCACGAUGACGUCAUUUCGACACGCAGGCAAGAAGAAGCGGGCGCGCAAGCGCGACGAGAGUCCGCCGCCGUCGAAGCGCCAGGCCGUCGGGAGUAAACAGCGGCCGAAACGUAGAAGCCCUUCUCCGGUCCCGCCUACCGAUGAAGCUGAAGAAACUGAAGCGCAAAAGAAGGAAAGGCUCGAGCGCGAGGAGCGCAAGCGCGAGCAGACCGCGCUCCAGGAAAGAUUUCUCGAGGGCGCGACGGAGUUAGAUGACCUCAAACCGGGUUCCGAAGCGCUACAAAGGAGGUGGCUCUCGCCGAUCCACGUCGCAUCGCUCUGUCGGGUCUACGGCGAUCGAGAUGUGGACGCUCUCGCAGCUCUGAGAAAAGCGCCGAAGAUCGCCGCGGGCGUGCUCGCGAAGAGGCUGCGGGAGAAAGAUGUCGAGUGGCGGCUCGCGCGGAAGGGUUUGGCGCGGCGGUGGCGCCGGAAGGUGCGGGCCCACUUCGCGAAGAGUUUAGAUCAUCGGGCCCACUUCUGGCGGGCCCUCGACAAGAAGCGCUGUUCUUCCAAAUGGUUAGUUCAGGAGAUCCGGGAGCGGCCGCACGCGGACGACCCGGCCCUGGACCUGGCGGGGACGGAGCCUACUCGUACAGUAGAGCCGGCGCAGUUGACUUAUGACGUCUCGGACCGGGGCGUGCAGCGAGAUGUCGUGUCGUUACUGAUGCUGGCCCUCGAACACUCGUCGACACCUCUCGCGGAGCAAAAGGUGAUUGCCCGAGAGGUGUGGCGGGACUUUGUUGAUGAUUUAUAUGGACUACCGGCGGAAGCGCUCGCGAGGCACCUGCCCCAGUCCCUGUCGCGGGGGGGCCACGUCCUGACCGAGGGGGAUCGCCAGCCUUUACCUCGAGGGGCUCGCGUGCUCACGAUGCGCGGCGAGGCCGUCGUGUUGGCUUUUCAUGCGGUCCAGCCGCCGAACACGGAGAUGGAGCCUGAUGUGUUUGCGCCCCUCAACGAGGCGGAUACGUACGGCCGGUCGAGGGCCGCGUCGAUCGCGUCGUCGCAAGACAACGCCGACGCCGAGGCGAACGCCGCCGCCGCUGCUUCUGCCACUGCCGCCUCCGAAGCGCGGGCCGAGGAAGCGCGACCGACGGCCUGCUACGAGGUGCGCGGCGAAAGUGGCCCUUCCAAAUUCGUGAGACCGAGCGACGUCUUCGCGCUCGACGACCUCGACAUGGGCUUCGUCGAGAGCGUCGAGGAGGAGAAGCCGACGAAGAAGAAAGGUAGCAAAAAACGCAAGAAGACGAGUCAGGAGGAGCCCCUUCCAGACGUGAAGUUCACGCCUCGACCAGCGAGUCGUGUCAGUGGCACUGGAGUAGCCCUAGCGAAUGAACGGGUCUACGUCUUCGCUAGGCUCCACCAGAUGAUCUAUUCUCGACUCUUAGAAGCGAAGGGCCUCUGCGAAAACGAAAAAGAGCGCCAGGACAGACUAGCGGCCGAGCCGCACCAGGUGCUCGAGGCCAUCCGGGCCGACGACGACGGCGAGUGCGAGGUCGAGGAGGAGGUACGUUCGGAUAGUGAAGACUUGGAGGCCGACGGCGAGAUGGCGCGGCUGCGGUCGCGGGGCUACGCCGGGUUUUUGGAGCUCGUGGCCAUGCUGCUCUGCGGCGACGUCAACAAGUCGACCUAUGACGACGCGUGUCGGUUGCUGGUGGGUACCGAAGCUUUUAGAGUCAGAGCGCUGGACAAGAUGUGCCGGGCCGCGGUCGAGGCGAUGCGGUCGCUGGCCGCUGAUGAUACACUCAAACCGUUGAUUUCGAGUGAGCACGCGACCGAGACUGUCGGUGAUUUGGAUGCACGCAAAGCAGCCCUCGCCAAGGAGUGCCCCCAGUUAUCCGGAGACGACUUAUAUCGCGUCCGCGUCGACCGCGGGAGUGACGGCGCGGCGGACAAGCUGGUGCUCGACUGGCUCGGACCGCUGCCCGAGUUCGACGAGGACGUGGACAUGGCCUGACCCUUAUCCCUAUUACCCCUAUCUAAGGUUCAGGACAUUUA